CCGAGAGUAGGGGUGUGCAAAGAACAAACUGACUGAAAGCUUGGGCUGCCAUUUCCCAGACAGACAACAGCAUAUAACACCCAGUACCUGGUGUAUCUCGGUACCACAAUAAAUUCAUAAUCGGAGCAAUGCAUUGGCAGCAGCAGACAUUGUAUAGCCCCCCCUUCCCUGCAGAUGGUUUGUCCCACUUGCUCAGGGAGGGAAAUGGGGGCGGUGCCGCUGAGAGGGGGCGGGUUCCCGGCUGGGGCUCCCCUAAUGGGAAGGUUCCUAAUGGAAUGAGCCAAUGAAGAGGAUUUAAUUACUGCAGCAAUUUCCGUCUUUGGGGAUUCUAUUAAAGGUCCCGGGGUGUACAGACCUGCAAUCAAUUUUUAAUCUGGAUUACAUCUAAAACACAAACCAUUUCCAUGUAGUAUAUGUGACUUCCCACACCAAUAUAUAUACUAACGUGGAUUCGGCUCAUCUUACCGCCAAGUAAUGGACAAUCGAGUCUAGAACCGACCAUGUCACUUUCCAAAGAAGCCGUUAUUUCGAAAGUGAUAUUAUCGGGUAUGUGAGCCGUGUAUUCGUUACAUUAACGAGUAAGUGGUUUCCAUGGGCUGUUGCCUCUUUCAUUGCCGCUCACACCCCCAAUAUGGCCCACCCAAAUGCUGCACAGACAUCUGGAGCCCCAAGUCAGUUUGUUCCAGAGAUUGAAAUUAAACUGGAAUCGAGCGACGAGGAAGAGUUCGAGAAGAAUGUUGCAUCUUCGUACACAGAAAGUACGAAACGUUUCCACUCAUCUUCCAAGGAGAAAGGGACUGUGACCGUAGGUAAAGGGUUUGCAGGGGAGUUGAAUGUCGCCCACAGCCAGAGCCCCUUAACGAUGAGACCGACGAGGAAGAGGAGGUCCACCUCGGAAGUUUGGCUGUUCUUUUAUCGGGAUGCCACCAAUAUUUGCAGAGCUGUCUGUGGCCUCUGUCGCAUGAGUGUCAGCCGCGGGAAGUUGGGAGGCAAUUUUGGGACCACGGCUUUGAAACGUCACUUGGAGAGUAAGCACCCCAUGGAAUGGGCGCAGAGGCAUUCAAUCAGAGCGCAGAGAACGGAUGGAGGGGAAGAAGAAGAAGAUGAAGCAAUCGAGGAUGAGGAAGAGAAAGAGGAACCUUAUGAAAAAGUCUGCAGUGUGCAGAGAACAAUAUAUAGCGCUCAGCCAAUGCCUGAAACUCAAGCUGCCGUGCCAACCUCCUCCGCCUCCUCACAAGUCCUUGAUUCUCUCAAAACAUAUGAGAUUAUAGAUUCUAGUGACGAGGAAGGAGAGGAAUAUAAAGAGGGAGCUGAGCAAGUUCCUGUGGAGUUUGAAGAAGAUACGGACAGAAAGAGAAUGAAAAUGCUCUCUCAGGACGAAAGAGGGGCUGUGGGUUCUUGCCCCAACUUUACACAAGGCUCAAAUCCUCACCUUUCUAUGCUCUCUGGGGGGCAAUCAAGUCCCUUUGCCUUUAACAUCUCAAACAACCUACAGGUGCCUCUGGGAACCAAGAAAAGAAAAUCUACCUCUGCCGUUUGGCAGUUUUUCAGCAUCGACCGCACAAACAUCUGCAGAGCGAUUUGCAAACUGUGCCAAUUAAGCGUCAGUCGAGGGAAACAAGGGGGGCAUUUUGGAACUUCGGCUCUGAUGCGUCACCUUGAGGGGAAACACCCUAUAGAAUGGGCCCGAGGCAAGAUAAAUAAACCAAAGGGCCACAAUGUAAUAGAAGUAGAUGAAGAUGAAGAGGAUGAGACAGACGAGCCGUUGGAGCAGAUUUACUCUCAGCCUCAGGUUCUGCUUGGACUUUAUGGGUCACCUACCCAUUAUGAUACAUAUUCAACCGAAACGUCCGAUGUUAUGACCCCUCCGACCCAUGCCAUGCCCAUGGAAUAUAAUACUGAAGAUACAGAGCCAACCAAAGAAGAGAUCAGAGAUGACUUCUCUGUUACCACUGAAGAAAAACCUGCUCUUCCACUGAGUGAGGAUUUGAACAUAAAAGGCAAAUAUGCCCCAAACCACCCUAAAGCCCAGUCGUGGAACAGGAAUAUAGCAGAACUUGUGUGUGGGAUGGCGCUUCCAUACUCCUUUAUUACUUCCAAGGCUUUUAAGAAGUUCAUGGCAAGAGCCGACCCAAAGUAUUGCGUGCCUUCGAAAUCAUUUUUUUCCGCUAAAGCGGUUCCCCAGCUGUACGAAGCCGUGUGUGAGAAAGUGAUGAGUGAAUUGAAGAGAUCCGAAUGUGCUCAUGUUCAUCUGACCACCCAUGUGUGGAGCGGUGGGCUUUCCGUGGACUAUUUAGCCUUAACGGCGCAUUGGUCAGUUUUAAAUCCUGAGGAUCUGCAGUCCAUUCAACGGAAGAAUGCUGUCCUGUGCACCAAAGGUUUCCCAAAAGACUAUAUAGACGGAAGCAUUCAGCAAGAGCUCAUUCGGCAAAUGAAUCUGUGGCUCUCCCCAAACGCCCUGAGUCCAGGUUUCUUCAUAUCCAGCGGCAACUUUAAUCUCAUCCACGCUAUCAAAAGUGCUAACUUCAAUUCCAUACCCUGUUUUACCCACACCCUAAACUUGUUAGUAAUGGACUUUCUGCAAAACAAUCACUAUAUCUCUUCGAUGCUCGAGGUGGCCCGAAAAGUCUGCAGUCACUUUAUCCACUCGGCCAGAGCGAGGAGAAUACUGAGUGAGCUGCAGUUCCAAAAUCAUUUGCCAAAGCAACCUCUAAAAUCAGAAACAUUACCUCAUUGGACUUCAACGUUCUAUAUGCUGCAGAGACUCCUGGAGCAGCAGAGAGCUAUUGAAGAGUAUCUAGGGUCACACAAGUUAGAGACUGCUGAACUGCGUUUGACUUCCAGCAACUGGAGUCUCAUGGCUUGUUUGGUGGACCUUCUACAGCCGUUCGAGAUGGUUACAAGAGAGGUCAAUGCAAGUGGUUCGUGUUUGAGCCAAGUGCUUCCGGAGGUUCGAUACCUACAUAUCUUUCUAAAGCAGAUCAGAGGCCAUUUUGAGAGUAAGGGAGAUGUAAAUGGGGUCGUCUUGACUGACAGUUUCACCCUGAAAUUCUCCUCAGAUUUUGGGAUCAAUGAAAUGUUUCAAAGGGAAGAAUACGUUGUGUCCACCUUGCUGGAUCCACGUUUCAAAGGAAGGAUUGAGGCCAUACUUCCACCUGGUUCCGAUAUCGACCACUGGAAACAAAUCCUUGUAAAGAAAGUAAAGGAGAUCAUGUCGUCAUCCUCGAGGCCAGUUUCACAUUUGAAAGAUUCCAGUUCGGAACCGGAUCGGCUUGCGAGUAAGCAUUAUCACUUGGAUGAAGGCGGCGUGGACUCUCCGAGGAGAAGGACCACGGUGGCUCCACCGCUAAUCCAGAAGGAGAAAUCACUGAUUGAACACUUGGAGAGUGUAGGCCUCUUGGCAUCCAAAAGUACCGGGGCUUCCUUGUCAACAGAAAGCCAUUCUGCUUGUGUCAUGGUGGAAAAGUACCUUCAAGAUAAUCAAACUAUUGGAGCCAAGGAAGACCCGCUGGUCUACUGGGAGAAGAGAAAGUGCCUGUGGCCUGCCCUCACCAAGCUCGCUUUCAUGUACUUGACUUGCCCGCCGUCUAGCAUUUUUGCACAGCGUGUAUUCUCCUCUCCUUCUAAACAUGGAGACAUGCAGAGACUGCCAGAGGUAAUGGAAGGGAUGGAACACUUUGGGUUUCUGAUGGUUAAUCUGGAAAACUUCCCAAACUACAUACCACCCCCUCUGAUUUUCUCGUCUGACAAUGAGACUGAGCAAAGUGAUAGUGAGGAGGGCUAGUCGAGCCCCUGGGAUAUCUGUUUCCUUUAUGCCUGAUGCUUUUAUUGAGCAGGCCCCAGAUAUAGCCACUUCCUGAGAGUAAAGGUCCCCAUACACGGGCCGACUGUAGCUGCCGAUAUUGUGUAGGGGCAGUAACGAGGGGACUGCCCG